AUGGAAAUCAACCCAGCUGUCACUUUUAAACAUGACCGGUCGGUUAUGUACGCCAAGAGGCCCAAGGUCCUCAUCGUCGGCGCAGGUCUCGCCGGACUGACUAUGGGCAUGCUCUUGCACAAGGCUGAUAUCCCAUUCGAGAUAUAUGAGCGUGCCCCAGAGGUUAAGCCCCUUGGCUCGGCAAUGUACUUUAGCGCAACGACAGCACCCAUGUUCAAACAAUGCGGCAUCUAUGACGAGUUUGUCUCUGUCUCCAAGCCGGUCUCGGAUAUGAAGAUCUGCAAUGCGGAACGGCAACUGGAGUACAUGAUCCCAUUCCAUGGACACGAGGAACUUUUCGGCAGUGAAGGUUACAUCGUUGCUCGUCCCAAGUUGUACGACAUCCUACUUCGUCAGGUCCCCCACAAGCACCUUCACUUGGGCAAGAAGGUCCUGUCAAUGGGCCAAGGAGGAAACGGGGUCUUGCUUCGAUUCAGUGACGGGACGGAAGCAGAGGGAGACAUCCUUGUCGGAGCAGAUGGUGCGUAUAGUGCCGUUCGUCAGGGGCUCUAUGAGAAGCUGAAAAAGGAGAAUAGGCUCCCAGCUGGUGACGGUUUGCCCCUUCCUUUUAGUACUGUGAGUCUUGUGGGUCAAACCCGUCCUUUGACCACAGAAGAGUUCCCUGAUAUCGAGCUUCCAGACUGUCAAUUCCGCACCGCUGUUGGCGCCAAUAGACCCUACGCCUGGAAAACGUUUACGACUGCCCAGCGCACAGUCUGCUUUAUUGUCACGCAGUUCCUCGACACAGAAAGUAGCAAGGACAACGACGCAUUCCGCAAUUCCGAAUGGGGACCGGAGGCUGCGCAAGCCAUGUGUGAGCAGGUCAGGGAUUUCCCGGUCAUUAGCGGGAGUGCUCAGGGGGUCACCAUGGGCGAUAUUAUCGAUUGGACGCCUAAGGAUUUGAUUUCAAAGGUUAUGCUUGAGGAGAAGGUGUUUGAUACCUGGUUCGAUUGCCGUACCGUCCUCAUUGGCGAUGGUAUGUUCAUCAACAAGGAUGGUUUCAACCCUUCGGGAGGUGUCGGUGCAGCAAAUGCUAUGCACGAUGCAAUUGUGCUGGCCAAUUUGAUCAAUGGACUUCCCUUCCACCCUAUCUCCGAGGAGAUCGAAGAUGCAUUCAGGGCUUACAAGAAGGAGCGCAUUGACUGGGUCGAGAAGGCAUACAGCAGCAGUGCCAUGUUUAGGACCAUGGCUGGACCGACGAUGGCGGCAAAGAUGGUACGAUAUGCAAUGAAGCACAUUCCGGCCUGGGCGAUGCGUAAAGUGGAACUACGAGUGUUGAGCAAUAGACCCAGUGUAGCCUAUUUGCCACCUCAGGAAGAUAAAGGAUCUGUGAGACCCUUUUUCCAGCCCAGUUUGUCGGUCGUGGCGCCUGUUGAGGAGGAGAAGGCAAGAGUUGGAUCAGGAGGCGAGGGUGGAGGGGAGUGCUAA